AUGGUGUAUUUGAAGGUUGCACCUCAAAAAGGGAAGGAUCGGUUCGAAAAAGUUGGAAAGCUCGCGGUAAGGUUCAUAGGACCAUACCGGAUUGAAAAGAGAGUUGGCGAAGUAGCCUACCGGCUAUCUAUGCCAGAAGUUAUGCGACUGCAUAAAGUCUUCCACGUUUCACAACUACGGAAGCAUGUUCCAGAUCCUAACAUGAUUGUACCCGAGCCUAUCGAAGAGUUGGAGACAAACCUCACCUACCAAGAAGGACCCUUUGGGAUUGGAGAGCGAAGGACGCGGAAGCUCAAGAACAGGAACAUUCCUCAAAUUCAAGUAUUUUGGGGAAAGCAGAACUGCAAGGUCACCACAUGGGAGGACGAAGAUAGGAUUCGAACCAAGUAUCGUCAACUCUUUAUGGAAGAAGAUGAAGCAGGGCCAUCCGAACCUUAUGGAAUUCGGGACGAAUUCUAA